AGGAGGGGCGGUACGGGGGUUACGGACGGUACGGUCGGCGGAGAGGGAAUCCCCGCCACUCGAGAUUCGGUAAAGCCCAAAUCACACUAGCGAUUGCCGAUUGCGAUUGACGAUUGACGAUUACUUUUCAACCAAUCAAAGCAAAGCAGUCGCCGAUUGAGAUUAGAGAUUGCCGUUUAGAAAGCGCUCUAUUUUAUAAUCGUCAAUCGCCAUCGGCAACCAAUCGUAGCCAAUAAAAUAAUCACGUGAUUAUUAUAAUCUAACAGAAUCAGUAAAGUACUUGUGCCCAUGGUGGACGUCUGUCGUAUCAUACGGAAAGCACUUUAAUUAUUAAAAUUUUAACUCUAAUUAUCAUAACAAUUAGUAAUGAUCAAGGUCCAUACUUGUGUUCUUGAUGGACGCCCUUGGUGGACGCCUGUGCCAUAAAUGUAAUAUCGUAAGAAAAGCACUACUUGAAGACAAUCAAGCUGAUAGCGAAGAAAGAAACAAUAAUCUUGUAAAUUCAAUUAGAAGCAAUAUGUAUUUUGAUACAAAUUUAGAGAAAUGGGUAUUGAUACCACCUGAUACAAAUGCAUCUUUACAUGCUUCACAUCAAGAUGACAGCCAAACAGGUUUCAACCAGUCUUCAAUUAAAACAGUUGGAUUUUCCAGUACAUCAUCAUUGUCAUCUGAAGGAUUUGGAUGUGACUUAGAAAAUUUUGAACCUGUUUCUGAGAAUUUAACUUUUGUGACUAAAAAAAGAACGCGAUUAGAUAACGAUCCAGUUUACGUAAAACGUGGGGCAAUGAAGAAAAAAUCAUGUGUUAUGGAAGAAGAAGUAGAAGCAUUAAAAAAAAUAAGUAGUGAGUAA